AUGGAAGGCAAGAAAAAGUAUGCUAAUAAAAAAAAAAAUGUAUCAUCUUAUAGAAAGAUUAAAGGACGAAAAAAAAGACGUGUUUUGGAAAAAGUUAACAAUGUUUCAUAUGAUGAAACACAAAAUAAACCAUGUUGUUCUAAAACAUUAGCUGAUGUACAAUCAACAAGUACUAUUUUUAGAGAAGAAAAUAAUAUGUCUAAUGGUUUUAAUCAGUUCUAUGAUCAGUCAUUUGGUAUAGCAACUUCAUCGAACAGUGAUAUUCCUAAUGUUCCUGAACAGACAUUUAAUAUUGAAGGUCGUCGUAUAGUUGAUAUUGAUUAUUUGUUUAAAAAAAUUGGUCAAAUCAAUCAUCAACCAUAUGGUUGUAAUUUUAGUAAUUUACUUUUGGUCGGAGAGCGAAAAACUGGAUUUUUAAGUGAAUUCUUGUUUACUUGUGAAAUGUGUCACAAAAAUGAGGUAAUUGAAUCUGAAAAUCCAAGUUCGUCGUUAAUGGACGUCAACACAGCAACAGUUACAGCAGUUGUGAAUUCGGGACAAGGUUUUGGUCAGUUGGAAACUUUUUCUGCUAUUAUGAAUAUGCCAAAUAUGUGCAAUAAGUUGUAUCAGCAACUACACGAGAAUGUUCAUAAGUUUACUAGUAAAACAGCUUGGGAGGCAAUGUCACUAGCAGCAGAAGAAGAGGCUAAACUUGCAGUGGAAAAUGGUGAUGUUAAAGAAGACGGAGUUCCUAUGAUUACUGUCAUUGCAGAUGGUGCGUGGUCAAAAAGAAGCUACAAGUCAAAUUAUAAUGCUUUGUCUGGAGUUGGAUGUAUUAUUGGUGAAAAAACCAAAAAAGUUCUUUUUUUGGGAAUCAGAAAUAAGUAUUGUUCAGUUUGUGUGAAAGCAGAGGCAACCUCCAGUGAACCCCCAACACAUAAGUGUUACAAAAAUUGGAAAGGAACAUCAACGGCUAUGGAGUCAGAUAUUAUACUUGAGGGAUUCAGACAAAGCAUAAAUAUGCAUAAUUUAAUUUACAAUAAACUUAUUGGGGAUGGCGAUAGUUCGGUCACAAAAAAAUUAAGUAUUGAUCAACCGUACGGACCCAAUUGUUUAAUAAAAAAGAUCGAGUGCAAAAACCACAUUUUGAGAAAUUAUCUCAGAAAAAUUAGUGACAUGGCAGCCAAGCGAAAAAGUUCCAGUGGUAAGGUGGUACCAGGGUUUUUGAGAAACCUUUUAAAAGACAAGAAGCUUCGAAUUAGGUAUGGAAUAACAAAAGCAAUUGCACAUUGGAAAAAAAAUGGAAAUUUAACCCACAAUCAAAAGGCAAAAUUUUUGAAAAAAGACAUCGACAAUGGGCCAUAUCAUGUUUUUGGGUGUCACAACAAUUGCGAUCCAUAUUUUUGUAAACCUGGACCAAAUAACAUAAAUCAUGUGCCCGAGAUGGAGAAGUGUGGUUUGUGGCAAGAUAUUUCUGCAGCUAAAAAUUUAGUAUCCUUCCAUUCAGAUAACCUGAUUUAUGAUCUGACCAAUAAUUAUGUUGAAUCAUACAAUAGUGUUGUAGCUAAGUUUGUGGGUGGAAAAAGGAUCAAUUAUUCAUUGAGAGGGUCGUACAAUACUAGGUGCAUGACAGCAGUAUCGUCAUUUAACUUUGGCCCUGAAUAUAUACGAAGAUUACAUAAAACUGCUACAAAAGAAAGCCCUGGGAAAUUCACUAAGCGUUUUAUUUCCAAGUUGCAAAGGGCAAGAGAAAUAAGGUCGAAUACAAAGAAGAAGAUAAACUUUAAACCAUCAAUCAAAUUACCUCGGGGUAAAACUUUUAGUGGCGCUGAUAAGGAUUAUGGGGAUCUAGAUGAAUUAGGUUGUGCUGAACUUGAUAUUUCACAGGAAGAACUGGAGACCAAACGUUCAACUGUUUUAAAUAGUCUAAAACUUAGUUCCCAAGAAAUAUUUCAGCUAGAAAGGAACACAAUAGACCAGGGUAAAUCUGAUACUUGGCAUACUGAACGAAAAUAUCGGCUGACUGCUUCUAACUUCGGUAAAGUAUGUAAGCUUAGAAAAAGUACUCCUCGGACUAAUACUGUCAAGUAUAUAUUGUAUGCAGAAGAUUUUACAUCGAGGACUCCAGCAAUGACAUACGGAAUACAAUACGAACCAAUGGCUAAGGAAGCAUUUGAAUCUUUAUUCAAUGUUCAAGUUUUACCAGCCGGUUUAUUUGUAGACGAGCAAUACAAUUUUUUAGCUGGUUCUCCUGAUGGUUUGGUGGGAGAAAAUGAAAUUAUUGAAAUAAAAUGCCCACAUAACAGUAAAGAUAUGACACCUCUACAAGGAGUUGUGGCUAAAAAAAUUAAAUUUUUAAAUAUUUGUAAUAAUGGUGAUCUGCAGUUGAACAAAAACCAUAAUUAUUACUACCAGAUUCAGGGUCAAUUAAGAGUAGCCAAUAAAUUAUCCUGUUAUUUUAUAGUUUGGACUCCUAAAGAUAUGUUUGUAGAAAUAAUAAAGCGUGAAGAUGACUUCUGGAUGAAUAAAAUGGAAAAGCAAUUAAUAGAAUUUUAUAAUUGUCAUCUAUUGCAAGAAAUUGUAGAUCCUAAAAUUUUAAGAUAAAUGAAAAUUUUGUGAAUAAUUAUUGUUUUAUUAUUGUUAUUGUAAUUAGACUUGUAG